AUGGAGGGUGAGUUUCAAAACACUUUUUUUAAUAAAAAACUCGCAGAGCUGAAAUUCGCCCUCGACCGAGUGUCUCAUCUUCCGGUCCACGACGCGCUGACCAUCGUCCGCAACGCCCUUAGUUUGCCUAGAUUGAUGUAUUUCCUUCGUACAUCCUUCUCGGUUGAUGCAUCCAUUUUGGGCGGAUUCGAUGGCGCCCUGAGGGCAUCGGAUGAAAAGUUUAAAAAAUAUGAAGGUGCCCUGCCCUCGAUGGAUUUUUUACCUGUUUGCAUCGAGGUUCUUGGCCCGAUGGACAACAACACUUCAAUAUUUUUUAAAAAGAUUUGCAAAAUGAUAAGUGGCAGGUCCGGCGACAGCAGAGAGCUAUUUUUCGCCAUGAAUCAUAUAUCUUGUUUGCUGCAAAGGUUUUUGCGCGUCUGUGUUACCGAAAAUGUUCAAUUAAACGCCGACAAUGCAAUCGGUGAUGAUGAUGAGGAUGGAAAUUGUGAUAGAAAAGAUGAUGACGGUAGUGGUGAAAUUGAAGAUAAAAAUGAUGAAGAUGCUGAUGGCCGUGAUGAUGAUAAUGAUAACAGAGGUAGGUGUGGACGGCUGGGUGGAGUUUAUGUUUAA